ACGCCCAUGUGCUCAGGAGCGACGAAUCCGGUUACGUCCCUAGCAACCGAGUCCAGCGUCCCUAGCAACGAGGCAUCCGUUCGCACAGACGACCCUACAAUGGCGGUGAAUCCGCUAUCAAACCCCAAGGGUGUAAAGUUAGUGUGUGAAUUAUGCCGCAGCCCCGCAUACACCCAGUGCCCCGGCUGCAAAGUCACAUAUUACUGCGAUGUGAAGCACCAGCAGGCUGAUUGGCUCAGUAUCCACGAGAAAAUCUGCCAGUUAUUGAUCCCUCUGCGUACUCCGGUGCCAUUCUUCAACUCUGCAGAGGAGCGUCAGCAUUGUGUGGGGCAGUUAGUACAGAGAAAGAAACAUUUGAUUGAAAUUACCAUGAAAGAGGCGCAGAAGUUCCUUUACGAGGGAAGACAUGGUGCUGUGAUCCCCGCGGCUGCGCAUUCCCUUUCCUUAGUGAUUGAUGUGUACGGACUGACAUCCUUAGAGCUGGUGCCUGUAUACCUCGUCCUGGCUGAAGCUAAUAUUGGACUCGGCCAGCUCACCCUGGCAGAAGAAUACCUCUCGCAGGCUUACUGGACUGUGCUGAAAACCAGUGACUGCACCAGUACAGUGAGGUCCAAACUGCACCGGAACCUGGGUCUGCUCUACUCCGCCAAAGGGGAAUUCGAGGAAUCCCUGCGUCAUUUGUCCAAUGAUGUUUACUUUGCAAGCUUCGAGUCUGGACCGGACAGUAUCUAUACCUCCGGGGGCUACUUCCAUAUGGCAAACAUCUUCUUUCGGCAGAACAAAAUGGACAUAGCCGAUUCUCUGUAUACAGAGGUGACCGAUAUAUGGCAUAGGCACCUUAAACGGCUGGUGGAUCUCCAGGUGAAAGCAUCGUUAAGAAGUGGCCCCGUGUGGUUUGAUGAUCCUGAUCAAGAAAGUCUAGAUGAAAACCAAGAGGCAGAAGCCCUUCAGAUCCUGAGCGCUAUCUGGGAUAUCAGAGAGCAAGCGUCCAAAAAGGACUCCUCGAAGAUGGUGAAGGUUCUGCAUGCUCUCACUAUGCUGUACUUUCUGACCAUGGACCUACAGAAGGCUCAGGAAGCUGGGAAGAAACUACUGGAAGCCACCCAACAGCUGCCCCCGGAGGACACAUCUGAGGAUAUCUCUGCAUUAAUAACGUUAAUUGACCUGAAAAUGAAAUAAACAUUCAUCCUGAG